AUGGCUUCGACAAAUCGACCACGAGUCUUCCUGGACGUCAACAUCGGCGAGCGGCCUGCCGGCAGGCUGACAAUCGAGCUGUUCACGGACAAAGUACCACGCACUGCAGAAAACUUCCGCCAGCUGUGUACAGGCGAGCACAAUGGCCUGUCCUACGAGAAAGUUCCCUUCCACCGAGUCAUCGACGAAUUCAUGAUCCAGGGCGGCGACAUUGCCAAGGGCGAUGGCACUGGCGUCACAAGCAUAUACGGAGGGGGAACUUUUGAAGAUGAAAAUCUCAACUGGCGCGCAAUGGACGCGGCCGGCUUGGUGGCAUCAGCGAAUAGUGGGAAGCAUACAAACGGUAGCCAGUUCUUCAUUACGCUAGAGCCAUGUGAGCACUUGAAUGGCAAACACACCCUGUUUGGACGGCUAGUAUCUGGGGAAGAGACGCUGCGCCUGAUCUCGCAAGUCGCAGUGGACAAAAAUGACAGACCUGUGGAGCCUGUUCUUGUCGCCAAAUGUGGAGAGCUA